GUUCGGAGUUCCUGCAGCAAGGCUGCUGUACAAUUCGGGCUCUCUCUUUCUCCCUCUGUCUCUGUGUGUUCCUCCAACACAGCCUGCUCCCCCCAACAGCUGAUCUCUCUCUCUCUCUCUCUGUGUGUCUAAAUGCAUUAAGUUCCUGGUUCCAGCGCUUUAGACUGCGCGGUGAGUGUGAAACGGGUACGGUUUCUUUGGCUCGCGUAGCCCUGCUCUGUCACAAAUGACUUCCCAUCUGCCGAGAAGUGAAGGGAACAUCUGAAUCCUCCCUCCCUUUCCCCACACUCUCGUUGCUUUUACUUUAAAUUUAUAUCGAAGACUUCUUGCCGGAUUUUUACACAGAGAGAAGGGGCAGUCUGUGAUGGGCACAGCUCAAGGUGAGAACUGGUGCCUGCCACUGUACACUUACAAAUGCUUCAGGAAGCGAUGGUUCUGUGAGGGAAGGGAGUUGGAGAAUUCCCCAGAUAUCCGGAUAUCCCAGGAUGGUGACCUCUGCACUUUAGCUAUUGCUGAAGCCUUCGAAGACGACACUGGACGCUACAGCUGUACAGCAACCAACUGCUUCGGAUCAGACACAACAUCCGCAGAGGUCUAUAUUGAAGGGGCUUCUUCCACAGACUCCGAGUGUGAGAGAGAUAUGUUUAAGCCACAUGCCGGAACCAUGCCUCAGGCCCAGAAGAAGACCACAUCUGUGUCCCUGACAAUAGGAUCCCCUCACUCAAAGGGAGCAGCAGGUUCCAAUGAAGUGCAGCAAGUCUGCUCUACGCUGGUUCAAUCCAUCUCCAUCCCAGCCCCACAGGUGCAGAGCCCGACAUCUUGCCUGCAGAUCCAAGAUGGAGUCUCCCCACCUGUGUUUACAAAGGUCUUACAAGAUACCAGUGCCUCUGAAGGCCAAGUGGUUGUCCUGGAAUGUCGAGUUAAGGGGACCCCUCCCAUCAAAGUACAGUGGCUGAGACAAGGAGCAGAGAUUGAAGAUUCUCCGGACUUCCGAAUACUUCAGAAAAAGCCUCGAUCAGCCACGGAGCCUGAAGAAGAAAUCUGCACCCUGGUGAUUGCUGAAACCUUUGCAGAAGAUGCCGGAACGUUUACUUGCACGGUUACCAACCCUGCUGGCAACGUGUCUUGUAGUGCCCAGCUCACACUCAGGCCAGGAGAUGAAAGGGCGCCAAACAAUGGGAAUGGUCUAGUGGAUAAUAUUAUCCCAUCACCUCAGAAUGAAAUUAGCUCAUUAGAAUUGCCUCCUAAGAGGACAGUUGACCCAGUCCAGGAGAAGAGCCUUGAGAUCAAGCCCAGUGUAGCUGCCUUCGAACUGCAGCUCAGUCCUGCCGAGAAGUUACCCAAUGGUAGUUCUACGAGCCACGAGAUCAAUGGACCAAACCAAGGGCAAUGUACACAGUCUGCAGCCGCACUCCCAUCCCCAGUAAAGGAACCACCACCUCUAGCUGCCAAACCCAAGCUGUAA